UAGUUAACUACUGUGAGRUAAUUCUGGUUUAAAUAAAUACAGAWUUUUUUUUUKCUUUUUUAAUCUGCAGUAAAUCAUAUGAUUUUUGACAGUAAGGAGGUUAAUUUGAAAUGUGGUGACCUGGUAUUGUCAUGUCCAUUUUAGGAAAUACUCUUUGUCAUUGCUAUUUGUUGUCACAGCCUAUCUGCUAUAAAGCUGCAUGAGGAAAAAGUAAAAUAGAGGAAUAAUCUAGAGAAAAUGGAGAGAAAAUUAGAAUAGACUUAUUGAUGGCAGGGGAAUCUUCAAGCUAGUAUGUGCAAACACUAUACCCCAAAUAAAUUGAUUUCUGAAAUCAAAUUACUAAAAAUGCAGAGAAAUCCCAUUUCACUGAAAUCAUUAUGAGCAGAAAGUUCUUGUCAUUCUCUACAAAGCAAGUAAUUUGUACAUAGACAUCAAAAAGAGGCCUAGUAAGAUUUUCUUUACUGAAUUUUCUUUGGUAUAUUUUCAAUUUUCAUUCUAUUCCAAAAGGUAAGUAUAGAAAAUAAUUUGAAUUGUCAUCAUACAGAAAAAUUAGAGCUUAGUGGUCAUAAUUUUGAGUUUUAAUACUUUUAACAAGGGGGCAUGCAGUUCCCAUUUGAGAUAGAUGCAUGUACUAUUCCUUGUACAAUGGAUUCUGUCUUUCAGUUGUCAGUAGAGUGGGGUAGGUAGAGAAUAGUGCUCACAUGCUUUAGAAUCAGGCAAAUCUAGAUUUCAGAAAGGAUCAGUUCUGGUUUGUGCUCUUUUUGUCUUUAGAGACUCCUUUUUUGUGGAGUUUGUGCAGAGGACUGUUCUUUAUUUCCAUGUUCUUUGUUCUGGUAGCAGUAUUGCAGAAACUUACAGUAUUUGCAUUUAAAUCUGAAAUUCAAAUUUCUGAUAAAUAAAUGGAAAUAUAUCUCUCCCUUUUUUCCUCCUGAUGCUAGGUCUGUACUCUGCAAUGAUCCUGACAUGUAUGAGAUCCCUGUGAAUGUUCCUGUGGAUACUGUAAAACUUCGUAUAGAGAAAACUGUCAUACGAAGGAUUCCGACAGAAGCCUUUUACUACCUGGUGGAUCUCAAAUACCUGUGGGUAACUUACAACUGUGUAGCCAACAUUGAUAUCAGCAGUUUCUAUAACUUGAAACAACUGCAUGAGCUGAGGCUGGAUGGUAAUCUGCUMUCAACUUUCCCUUGGGAAUCCCUGGCAGAGAUGCCCAACUUACGGACUCUGGAUCUGCACAACAACAAAGUGACCAGCAUUCCCGCYGAUGCCGGCCGCUACCUGAGAAACCUCACCUACCUGGAUAUAUCCAGCAACAAGCUGACCACCUUGCCAUCAGACCUCAUGGACAUUUGGCCCCCCUUCUCAGGAGCUAUCGUGUCCAAGAGCACAGACAUUCUGGUGACACAGAGAGUAAUUUUGGGUUUUCAGGACAACCCAUGGUUUUGUGACUGUCGCAUUUCAAAGCUAAUCGAAUUUUCCAAAAUCGUGGACACCUCYGUUGUGCUUCUUGAUCCGUUGGUUUCAUGUAGUGGACCCGAGAGCCUGGCAGGAAUCUUGUUCCAGAGGGCUGAGUUGGAGCAGUGUCUCAAACCAUCUGUGAUGACAUCAGCGACAAAAAUCACCUCCCCUCUGGGCAGCAACGUCCUGCUGCGCUGUGACGCCACGGGGUACCCCACACCACAGCUCACUUGGACUAGGUCAGACAAUAUCCCAGUGAACUACACAGUAAUUCAAGAAACACCUGGAGAGGGUGUCAGAUGGUCCAUAAUAAGCUUGACAGGAAUUUCGUACAAGGAYGCAGGAGAAUACAGAUGCAAAGCCAAGAACUUGGCAGGAAUGUCAGAAGCUGCUGUGACAGUCACGGUGGUUGGUGUGGUUACUACAACUGUGUCACCACAGAAGUAUGGAAGGAAGCCAGAGGCUGAGAAUACAACUCAGGAGGAAUCCAAGCAGGAGCCUGAGAGGACAACCACACCUCUUCCYACCACAGCGACCAGCACAGCUCUGGUUAGCACUGAAAGAUCAACCAGCGUGACAUUUACUGACAAAAAGCAAUCCAGGCUCGUGUUAGAUGGAAAGAAAAUUUCAAAGGCAGUGACAAAUGGAAACAAAAAGCAGGCUGGAGAUUUAAGCAAGAAAAGUGAGGACACUUUAUUGAAUACAGCACCUGUGGCUGAGCAAAACGUUACUGUGAAGAAUCUAAGGGUGAUCAGUGAAACUGAUGAACGAGUGACCUUAACUUGGAAAACUGUCAAUGCCACCGGCAAUUCUGCUGUGACUGUGUUAUAUUCCAAAUAUGGUGAGAAAGAUAUGUUGCCUCUGAGCACUGAUUCUAGCAAAAACAAAGUCACAAUUGAUGGUUUGGAACCUAGCACUCAAUAUAUGGCAUGUGUCUCGCCCAAAGGUGUGCCACCUACGAAAGAACAGUGUGUUGUUUUCUCCACUGAUGGGUUAAAUGAUGAGAGCAGCUCUCAGUUUUCUAUUCUGAUAGUGGCCAGCAGUGCAGCAUGCGUGGUUGUUUUACCUUUGAUAUUUUUCUUACUCUACAAAGUUUUAAAACUUCAUUUGAAACCAAAAUCUGCAAAGGAAGCUGACCUUGCAAAAGAGACCUAUGUGAAAUUUGAAACACUGUCGCUGAAGCCGCAAACAGUGAGUGCAAGAGACCAGCUCUGGGCACGAAGGUACACAGAUGAGUCAGAAAGGCUUCUACUUUGCUCUAGGUCGAGCAUGGACUCUCAAAUGACCUUCAAAAGUGAGGGSUCCAGGUCUGAGUAUCUCUGUUGAAUGUGGCUGAGUGUGGAGAGGUGGAUUAAACAAUAGGUAAAAUGAAUCCAGAAUGACAGUGCUGCAUGUGGAAGCAGGUUGAUGCUAGGUGGUGGUCAGAAUAUGUUAUCUGGUGAAAUAGUUCUACUGGAUGGUGGUGGGUAGGAGGGAGAAUACAAGAAAAAUGUUGCCUGUCUAUUUUCUUUUUUGUAUGUUUGUGAUUUUGGAUAUGAAGGAAUUAUGUUCUUCCAAAGAAAAAUACUGCAUGGAAUGGUUCCCUGGCUUUAUUAAAACAUUCUGUUUUCUCUCAUUUUGCCUCAUGAUAUGCUAGUUGCAUGUAUCAAACAUGAAUCAYAAUCCUCAUGGAAGCCAUGUACCUCAAUAUAAUUGGAGAACAGUUUCAACUACUUCUAUCRUGGUCAAAACUAUCUUUUUGAAAAUACAAGUUUUCUUCAGACAUCAGCUUGUGCUUGGAGAUGUCAAACAGCUGUUCGUACAGUAUCUUGGGUUGAAAAUAUUCUCAGGUCAGUGAAGACUGAAGUCACAGUUUAUGGACUCUUGAGAGGUACAAUACACAUCAUAUUGUCAUUUUGCAGAUGCUAUUGCAGAGGGAAAAGAAGCUUCUUUAGUGCCCUGAAGCUCAGGUAGGAAAUUAUGAGAGAGACUCUGGAUGAUAAUGUCAAUUUACAUCAAAUGAUCUUAUUGCAAAAUCUCAGCCUUAGAAUUUUCUUGGAUGUGUCUGUCUAUAUACCUCAGUUUCAGAAAUCUCUGCACAGAAAAUUUUGUGGUACUGUGUAAUAAAA